ACACGGCCUUCUAGAGAGAGCUUGGUUUUGUGAUACACAGUGCACUAGUAGUAUUCGAUACUGAAUUACGUACCUUGAUAGAUACUUGAAUGUAAAGUACUGUAGGCCGGCUCUACUUGGAAAGGACAGCAGGUCCGCCACUCUUGAAAAACCCUGCAAGGUAAACAGUCAAGUUGAUACAAGUAAAGUGUUCUGAUGAUCCAGACAUUUAUAAUAUACAUAUCUGCUUGAGUAAACUUCACGAAGUACUGGAGAUAUACAAGAUACUUUGUUGAGAAAAACCACUGAUUUGUCAAAGGACGCGAAAAUAAGGCAAAUGGCAUCAAAGGAAGGAAAAGUCAGAAAAAGUACUUUUUCCCAGUACAAUAAUGACUUUAUCGAGAAAAAAGACGAGAAAACUAGCAAUGAAGGAAGUAUAGAGAAUGAAAUGCCACAGCAGAGGACGAUGCAGCAUGCCGAUAGUGAACAGGAAGAUCGCAGCGAGUAUGAAGAUACUGAAUUAACAAGGAAACAACGAGAGGUACCUACAAUUAUUACAAAAACAAACAAAAUAAACUGUACUGAGGAAUCAAUAAAAGAUGGCGCCAGUAAGUCAGAAGAUGAUUGCGAUGUCAAGCCGUCUCAUUCUUACAUCGCAUUAAUAGCAAUGGCGAUUCUUAGCUGUACGAACAAGAAAAUGAUUCUUGGAGAUAUCUAUCAGUACAUCUCUGACAACUUCCCAUAUUAUCGCAAUAAAGACAAAAGCUGGAGAAACAGUAUUCGGCACAAUCUAUCGCUGAACGAGUGUUUUAUCAAGGCAGGUAGAAGUGAAAAUGGUAAGGGCAAUUACUGGGCGAUACACCCCGCAAACCUAGAAGAUUUCUCUAAUGGUGACUUUCGUAGAAGAAGAGCAAGGAGAAGAGUACGAAAGAGCAAUACCUUUAAGUAUUCUAGUGGGCUGUCAGGAUAUCCUUAUCUGCGUGGCUACGCGCCGUUGUCAGCGUAUUCUACGUUCCUGCCUUAUAAAAGCGACGAGUAUAAUCGUAUGUGUUCAUCAGGCUACUCGUCCUACGCAUUCACGUCUGGGAACAGAAAAAACUUUGCCAUCGAUAACAUAAUAACACCUAGCAGCUAUAAGAACUAUUAUCCUGGCACUGGACACCAUUCACUGAUUUAUGAUAAACCUAACUUCGUUUCGCCGUACCCGAUACCACCUCCUUCUUCCGAUACCAUGGAUACGAAGAGAUGUUCAGCGGCGCCUGCUGUCGUCGGCUGCACAGACAGAAACUUCAGUGGAUCAUACGCAUCUUCUUUGUCAGCUCUAGCCUCGUUAUCAAACAGUCAUCGAGGGAAUGAGAGUUGGCAAGAUACUUUAUGCAAGCUACAAGAAAAUCUUAAAAAGCCUUCACGUGAAACUUAACUGAUAUUAGCUUUACUGUGAAAGUUUUCAAAAGUACAAAGGAACAGUUUUACAGGCGCCACUCUUAGGUGUAGUUUUUCCCACUUCGACAGGAAAAAGCUAGUUUAGGGAAUUUAGUGGCUAGUUUCAGGGAUAGCCUGAAGAUAUAGGCGAAGCUAAUAAACAAUGGAAAAAACAAAAUUUCAACACACAGACAAACUUCCGAUCACCUAGAGUGAAGGAAAAUGAACUAUUGAAUCAUACAUUCAGUCAGAUGUGAUGAACUGAAUCAAUGAAACCCAACAUCAGGUUAUAGUAUAUUCACGCUCGAGUGCUGUAUUGGAUAUGGGGUUUGAAGUGCUUGUAGUUUACUCGUCUAAAUACAUCGAAAUACAAAAUAGAUUGUCAGAGAUAAGUCAAAGAACAUCUUGAAUCAAGCAGCCAGCAAACACUUGAUUCAGUGAUUGAAGAUGUGUUGUCGACUAACUCAAGCCAUCGUAUUUUAGUCUUGUUAUAAUUGAUAGCGUGCUGUUGUUUACGCACUAGAAAUAUUUCAAACGGUUAUUGCCUCCAUCUCAGCCUGAUAAGCGGUUUUCUCUCAAGCUUUUGAUUAAGCUGUGUUUGUAAGCUAAUUCUUGUUAAUAUCGCACAUUCGUUCAAACUUGGCAAACAAGCUAAAGUUGUACGGUAUCGAAGGCAGAUCUAACCGCAGGCACUGCCAAGAUCUGUUGGUCUUGAUUAAGUUAAAAAAACUCAUGCUUAGAACCAUGUCAACCAUAAAAACCUCCACAAGGAGUCUCUAGAAUAUAUCUUGAUUGGAUUUGAUGAGAUUACACUCAAGUGUGCUUUGAAAACACACGUUAUUGGAAUAAGAACCGAUUUAGCGGCGCGUGCACGCUCACUCCAAUAUAUAAGGGGUUCUUUUUCGCUUGUAGUGUGAAGAGUGAACGCCCAAAGGUGUUCGGUUGCACCACGUUCUAGCACAAUCUUUGCUCUACUUGGACAUAUAAGGUUGUUAGUAAAACCAUUGAUUAAGUCAAUUGCGUAUUUCAACUAUAAUAAUCAAUAAGAAAUCCAAGCAAAGCUAACAUCACUGAACAGAAUAUUUCAAAAUCUCAGUAUAUAGUCUCUGCGUAAUAACGAAUUUACUUGUUUUCAAGCAAGGUAGUCGCAUAGCUAGAUGUGUAACUUGGAGUGAAGUUGGUUGAUGUUAUUAAUAAGGCAUUUGGUGGUGAAUAAAGUUUAUGUAUAAAGACAGUCA